CAGAAGAUGCUCGAGGCGCGGAGGCCGGGCGCAACUGUCGUGCCCCUGAUCAUCUCGUCAGAUAAGACGCAGCUGACGCAAUUCCGAAACAAGACGGCAUACCCAGUCUACCUUACGAUCGGCAACCUACCGAAGGAGAUCCGCCGCAAGCCAUCGCAUCGCGGCCAGAUUCUCCUGGCCUAUCUGCCAGCGAGCCGUCUAAUGCACAUCACAAACAAAGCUGCCCGCCGUCGGACCCUCGCCAACGUCUUCCACUCUUGCCUCUCCGAGAUUCUCAAACCGCUGCGCCGUGCAGGUGUUGAUGGUAUCCAGAUGACGAGUGGUGAUGGGAUUGUGCGACGCUGCCAUCCUAUCUUGGCCGUGUACGUCGGGGACUACCCUGAGCAGGUUCUCGUUACAGCAACGUACACCGGGGACUGUCCCAUAUGCAAGUGUUCACAUGAUGAGUUAGGGACUUACCCUUGCACGUCGGCCUUCCGUGACGUUGACGAGGUCCUUGAUGCCCUCAAUCUCUUCGGUACCGCGGACUAUAACCGCGCCUGUGAUGCUGCGGGCAUCAAGCCAAUCCAACAUCCGUUUUGGGAACAUCUCCCGUACGUCGACAUCUUCCAGUCGAUUACCCCGGAUGUGCUACACCAGUUACAUCAAGGUGUUAUUAAGCACCUUCUUGCGUGGGUCACAGAUAUUGUCGGCAACGACGAAGUCGAUGCCCGUGUCAAACGACUGCCACCGAACCAUUCUAUCCACAACUUCCACAAGGGGAUCGCUAGCCUGUCGCGCGUCACGGGCGCCGAGCACAAACAGAUGUCCCGGUUCAUGCUUGGGCUCCUCAUUGACGUUCCACUACCUCGGGCGGAGUCUUCAGAGCUUAUCAGCGCCACGAAGGCCCUCCUUGACUUCCUCUACAUGUCGCAGUACUCGGUCCACUCGGAAACCACUCUGAAGGCACUCGAGGGCUCGCUCGCCGACUUCCAUGCCAAGAAGGACGUCUUCAUCAGACUUGGCGCUCGCGGUAACUUCCUGAUACCAAAACUACACAUGCUUACCCAUUACGUCCGGGCUAUCAAACUCUACGGAACGACAGACAAUUAUAACACCGAGACGACCGAGCGCCUCCAUAUCGACUUCGCGAAAGAGGCAUAUCUGCUACAACACGCCGACUACGUCCAAUGGCGCCUGCUGCGCGCAGACGGCGGUCACGACACCAUGAUCGCUUCACGUGAAGGUGUACGAUGGCGGCCGCCGGAUAUGGCAUGUACCCUCUAUCACCUCAUGACAAAGUACCCAAGUCGCAAGGCCGUCCCAAUUGCCGAGCUCGUAUCCCCGGAUGGCUAUGGCGCUACCCAUCUGAUGCCGGCGCUCGCUCGCUUCCUUGUCGAGCACAAUAGCCCAGGUCUCUCACGGAACGAAGUAGAAGUUCAAGCUACUUAUGUUCGGUUUCCCUUCACGUCGCUCCCGGUUUUCCACAAGGUCAAAUUCCGUAACCUCGAAUACCACGGCAAGGAGACGUUAGAUUCAAUACAUGCACGACCACGGAAGCUCAGCAGCAUCAGGAAAAACCGUGUUUACAUAAGGUCUCAUCAGAGGUCAUCUACAAGACAUCUUAGGAACGUAUAG